AUGUUGAAAUACCAUUUAAAAUUGUACUUUAAUGUUUUUCAGGUGUUUCAAAAUCAUUGUAAGUUGGAAUACCAUAUAAAUGCCACAUUAGAUGCUGAGCAUUUUAUAAAUGUAUUAGAAAAAAAAGAGAAAUCCAUUAUUGAGCAGCUAGAUUCUGACAGGUUUUUAUUAUACUGGCAGUUAUUGAAACUUAUGAGAAAACGUUUGGUACCUAUCAUUGAAUGCAUCCUCCUGUGUGGUAGACAAGAGUUAGCUUUGAGAGGUCACCGAGGAGAGAAAAGAAAUAUAUUAAUUGAUGAAAAUGCUAUUCAAAAUGCUGGAAAUUUCCGUGCUAUUUUGCAAGUCAGAGCCAAAGGAGAUAUAUUUUUACAAAAUGUCUUAGAAGGGACAGAUACAAAUAUAAAAUAUCUUAGCCCUGGUAUUCAAAAUCAAUUAGUAAACAUAUGCAAUGAUAUUAUUUAA